AUGAAGGGGGUCUUAGGCAUCCUUCUUCUUUUGUUGAUGCUAACAGCUCGCUCCACGCCGUCUGAUGACCCGCACCGGAAAACAACGGGAACUUCUUUCAAGGCCACGCUAUCCAUCACUUUAGAAAAAACGGACGCCUCGAUCUGUAGUACUGCGACCACCACCAAAUCGGCGGAUUUGUCGUCUGCUUAUCUGGCUACCGCAGACGCAUCAGCUGCCGCUGCUGGAGAACAUUCAUUCAGGUUACCAGACACCAGACACGAAGAAUCGCCGGACUACUACGAUGAUGAAAAUAACGAAGACGGGACAGCACCAGCCCCGGAAGGUGCUACAGACUAUGAACCACCAGACUACUAUGAUGAUGACGAAACUUACGAGGCAGCAUCUGCAGAUAGGAAGCAUCCAUCAUCAGGUACAGCACCAGUCCUGGAAGGUGCUACAGACUAUGAACCACCAGACUACUAUGAUGAUGACGAAACUUACGAGGCAGCAUCUGCAGAUAGGACGCAUCCAUCAUCAGGUACAGCACCAGUCCUGGAAGGUGCUACAGACUAUGAACCACCAGACUACUAUGAUGAUGACGAAACUUACGAGGCAGCAUCUGCAGAUAGGAUGCAUCCAUCAUCAAGUACAGCACCAGUCCUGGAAGGUGCUACAGACUAUGAACCACCAGACUACUAUGAUGAUGACGAAACUUACGAGGCAGCAUCUGCAGAUAGGACGCAUCCAUCAUCAGGUACAGCACCAGUCCUGGAAGGUGCUACAGACUAUGAACCACGAGGCUACUAUGAUGACGAAACUCCAGAGUCAGCCUCUGAAGAUAGGCUGCUUCCAGAAUCGGACAACGCGUCAGUCGCGGAAGGUGCGUGUUCAGCAGAAAGACAAGGGAGAGGUUACAAUGCUUCGAGAGGAAAAGCUAUGACGAGUUCGACGGGAGAAUUGGAUAUCGAUGAUGCUGUCGCUGCUGCUGAAAUUUCUCGACCAAUAAACUGGAUAUCGUGGUUACCUUCGUGGUGUAGAAACUGGCCGCUCUAUGGCCCAUUAGGCGUGCCCCGUGACGUGCAACUCCAGGCAUAUUCACAAGCGUUGGAAGAACAUAACAUUGGGAUUGGAAACUAUUGGACACAGUCGUCGGAACCAGCUGACGAUGACGAACAAUCCCGCGCUGGAAACCCACAGACACAUUACAUUUCCCUCGCGGUACGACAGUCGCAGAUGCUCCAAGAGUUUUAUCAGUGGAUUUUUCAGCAGCUGUCAUCGCCGGAAGCUUCUGGUGACUGCACCCCCGAGUCACUACAUCGUUUUCUAGACGCCUUAGAAUACCAGGCCCAUUUGGUGGAAUCAAUUUGCAACAGGUCACCCACUAUGCGCUUGACGUGCAACGCUUCUAACUCUUCAAUUUUCGGUAAUUUCUUCUGGGUCAUGGACACUCACUCUAUCUGGAUGCAAGUCUUCAACAACUGGGCCAUUCGUCAGUUUGACAUCGGAGCAGUGUCCCAUGGACGUCAACGUCGGUUACCGACAGACGGCAUUCCCUCAUUUAACAUGUCAAACUUUUCUAUAAGAAGCCAGACAGCAGGGGACAGUACAUUGGGCUUGGAAGCAGUCAGCGCAGACGUUUGUGGUGUUGAAGAGGUCCGUAGAGUAAGAGAACCAGAAUUGAUUCAUAACGAAGAUCUUAACGCCAUGUCAGAAGCAACUGCUGAACACAACUCUUACCCCAUUCAGCGACAGCUAGAGUCUCGCAAUCAGGAAAGAAAGUUCCCUACGUGUCUACUGCAGAGCUUGUCAGUGACAAGCCAAGAAAUACAAUGGCCAGGACUGGAAAGGUUCAGGGACCAAGAAGCGGGAGUCCCAUCAGAGGAUGUUCGGGAUGAAUUCGAAGCUGCAUUUGCCCCACUACAAAACAGAGUGCACCCAAAUCUUGCUGAUGGACAAGAUGUAAAUCCGGAUGAAGGCUUCAAUGAUGAUCACUCGCAGCUAGCAGUGCAGUCAAAAGAACGAAUGACAGAAAGUGUGUCAUUGGAUGAGGAAGAGCACCUGGACAUGGAUUCUGAUCCAAGAAACCUUCGGGGCUGCUCAGAGAUACCUGUGUUGCAGGUGCUUGGCUCAGACUUCGACCCUUACUUCAUGUUGUACGUAAAGUGCAACGAGCGAGACGAGACGUGCGAGCCGCCGGAGAAGUGCCUGCCCAUGAACACCGUGGUCUCUGUGACGAUGCCGCGCUGGGCCACCCUCCCGGAAUUCCCGCACAGCGUCGUCGACACGCGCCAGCUGCCCAGUGGCCGCAUCUCCACUAGGCUGUUGGUGCCCACAUCCUGCGUAUGCAGAGAGCCCAGUGCUUAAAGUUAGCUCAACUAUCCUCCGGGAUCUGAAGAAAAAACAAUAAAUGAAUGCGAAUGCCUUUUUAACAUUUUACCACCCUGACAAGAUUACAACUUCUCGUGACAUCCAGGUGUCUCGCAAGAAUUUUAUGGG